ACUUUGAUGAUGGUUUCAGUGUAAUGACGUCACGCGCAAUCUAUAUGUGGCUACGAAUUUGAUCAUAAACAUUUUAUGCUGGUAAAUAUCGAUUUUCGAUAUUUGCCGGCCGUCGAUAAAGAACGGUCGAUACAACUACUGCAGUGGACGUUUGUAAACACUGUAGCGGGAAGGAGUGUGUUUAUUUAAAUGCCAGUGACAUGAAACGCAAGUAGGAGGUUUGUGUUGCUGUGUGUCAAGAAGCGUAUCCUAAUAAAAAUGCCAGGUGCUGUCUUACGAUGCAAGCAGCUGGCCAGUGUAAGGAGGUUAUGCUAUUGUAAACCAAUACAUGUUGGUAGAUUUCUCAAACAGUAUUCGACACCAUCUAGUGCGAGAUUGGAGACAUUGAUUAAGCCUGAGUUGGAUGUAGACUAUCUGUGUAAUGCGGAUAACAAAACAGAAAUUGAAAAUAAUAUAAGAAACCGGAAAGGUGUUGGUAAUAUUAACCGCGUUCUUGAGUUGCAUAAACGAAUUAGUUCACUGUCGCCUGACAGAGAAGAUGAACUGCAAGAACUGAGAAAAGAAUUUGAAGAAGAAGCCUUGCUCAUACCUAACAAGUCCUUCCCUUCCUUGUCGCAAUACGGCGAAGAGCCGAAAGUUCUUAAUCUUCAGGGAGUGAAACCUAGUUUCCCGUUCAAGGCGAAAGAAUUCAGUGAAAUCACCAUACAGAAUCGGACUUUGCGAACGGAAAAUUUGGCUGUAUUUACUGGGCACAGAGGCUACUGCUUUAGUGGACAACUUGCAGAACUUGAACAAGCUCUUGUUCGAUACACCGUGAGGGAACUGUUGUCGAGAAAUUUUAAGUUAAUUUCAGUCCCAGACAUCUUGCCAAGAGAAGUAAUUGAAGGCUGUGGAAUGAACACGAGGGGAGAACGUACGCAGGUAUUCUCAUUGGAUGCACAGCUACAUGGUGAAGAUCUGUGUUUAUCUGGAACAUCAGAGAUGGCCCUUGCUGGCUACCUGGCAAAUGCAGUAUUUGAAGAGUCUGCAUUACCUGAGAAGCUUGCAGCGGUGAGCAGGUGCUAUAGAGCUGAAACAUCAAGCAUUGCAGAAGAAAGGGGAAUUUAUAGAGUGCACCAGUUUACCAAAGUGGAAAUGUUUGCUGUGACAAAUCAAAUGAGCUCGGCUGAGCUUAUGUCAGAAUUUUGUCACUUACAAGAACACCUCUUCUCAUCACUGGGACUGCAUACUCGUACGCUUGACAUGCCUCCACAUGAGCUGGGAGCUGCUGCAUAUCGUAAGCAUGAUAUUGAAGCUUGGAUGCCUGGUCGCAAUGCCUGGGGUGAGAUUUCAAGCUGCAGCAACUGCACUGACUACCAAACACGGCGCCUGAAUAUUAGAUACAAGCCAACAGGUGUGCCAGAUUGUACCGUCCAUGCACAUACUGUGAAUGGAACUGCGUGUGCUGUACCUCGGAUGCUUAUAGCUAUAAUUGAAACACAUCAACAUCAUGAUGGGACUGUCAUCAUUCCAGAGCCUUUGCAGCCAUUCAUGAGGGGCAGUACUUGCAUUGGGAAACAAGAUUUAAUACCUGCCAUGCAGUUUAUCAGAAAAAGGGAACUGACUGAGAAAGGCUGAAAGAGAUAUCUAAAGUGACUCUGCUUCUAAUGUUUUCAUUAAUAUUUCAAAGAUAAAUUCAAAAAUUAUAUCUUAGAAGCUUUUAUUGAAUAUUGUAGUGAGCAUUUUAUUGCUUGCAAGAUAAGUUAAAUCACAGAAGUACAAGGCAUCUCACGCUGGAAGUAUAUAGCUUAUUAAUUUUCAGCAGAACUUAAGUUAUGUCCAGUGCAUAUUUCUGAGAUAUUAAAAAUAUUUUUGUGAUGUAGCAGCAUGGGUCAUACAGUAAAUUUGAAGUACUCCAUAUGUUUGCUGCAAUAAUGUUCAUUCUUCCUAAUUAUUCAUGAAGCCAGAAAGUGGUAACCAUAAGGAACCAGACCUGAUGGGAGAGGAUAUGUGGACCACCUGCUGACUUUUCAUUUCUUGCACAAUAAGUGUUUGUUCUUACAUUUGUAAAUUGGUGGUAUAGUUUUAAAUUGGAUGCACUAUUCAUUCCUUUGUGAAGAGAUAUUCAAGGAUGUGAAGCAUGCCAGGAAGGUAAAUACACAGCACAUAUUUACAAAAAAAAUUAUAUGCUAAUGUUCCUUUCAUAGACCUGAGUGAGCGUGUCCUCUUGGAUAUGAAAAUAAGUAAAAAUAAUAUACAUUUUUUCCAUUUACAUAUUAAUUAAAAAGCUUACCACUAUCAUUUAAAUGCAUUUCCCACCAGUUGCGCAACCGGAAAUGAAUUUUUCUCCACACAGGUCUAGUAAUACAAGGGCCUGUGCCAAGCCCUGUCUACCUUAACAGCUUCUUUAAGCAAUUAUGCCACUUAACCAAACAAGUCUUUAACUGUGAUGACCAGUUACAGCUCAUAGAGACACAUGCAUUCACAAAGAAACAGAGAGCAUCCUAGAGUACCCUAGAGAGCUAUAACACAAAGAAGAACCACUUCUCGGCUUUUGGCAAGAUCAACAUGUAGUCUUUUUAUUCAAGGUCAAUGCAUUAUUUAUGAUAAUACAGAGUUAAAUCACCAGCAAGUGACAGAUCUUCACAACCACCAAGCCCUUUACACCAAAAAUAUACAGCCUCAUCAUCAUCUACCUUCUUGCGACUACGAGUAUGUAUAAACAAAGCUCGCAGAGGAACUAAAUAAGGACUACUACCACCUACAACUUCAUGAAUAUAAGACAAUUAUAUUGUAAAUAAUAUAAGACAAUAUAAUAAGUAAUAUAAGAUAAUUAUAAUCACAUGAAAAGGAAGAUUCUCUUGAGAACACAAUAAAAUUACAAGAGACAGAGUGGCUGUCCAAUAUUCACAUUAAGGAGAUGAUAUCUCAGAACUGCUGGUACACAUUUAAAAGUGGAAAACCUAUCUGUACCUUUCAAGACUGUAAAUUCCUUCAUUGAGAUGGUAGGAGGACUAGCCUGGAGAAGAUUAGAAAGGAGGGGUCACCAUAAUGAGAGGGUCUCUCUGAUCGUGGACUCCAAGUGAUUUGUUUUCUCUCUUAUACCCUUUCCCAACCUAUUCCUGUUUUGUCCUUGAGGAAGGAACUAAUGGUUCCAAAACCUGGGAACAGUUUUCUCUUUUGUAAUGUGUCUGUCUGCAGUACUGGAAUUUUGCCUCUGAAAUGCUGGAAAGUUAUUGUCUCUCUUUGUAGUUUUAUGGGAUUAUGCUAAGGUGAUUGUAGGUCAGCUAAUAACAAAAACAGUAACUACUCUUUUCUCUACUCCAUUUUAGAUUCCAGUUUAGUUUUCUACAUCUUUCAUUUUCUGACUUGUCUAUUUUUUGCCUACCCCCUGCCACUUCUCUUACAUCAAUGCACUUAGAUUUUCACUCUUAUUAACUCGUGAACAAUGUUUUAGUAGUAAUCUCUGUCUGGCAUAUUACCCUGGCUUCCACCUUUAAGCUCUCAGGUUUUCAAAUCUCAUCCGGUGUAGUCCCCAGCAAUCAGUCUUUCUUUCUCACCCCGUCCAGUAAGUCUUCUCUGACCCAGGGUUGUAGGUGACUUUUCUGAACUGUACCCCUUUCCCUAAACCUCUCUAGUCCUUUUCCAUCACCUCUCUUCUUUCCCUUUCAACUCUUCUGCCAGAAGAAGGAGCCACUGGCUCCGAAAGCUUGUAAAUGUUAAAUCCUUUCGUAUGUGUUUUCCCCUGCUGCUGCUUGGUGAGUAGAUUUUUUUUUUAAAUCUAUCCAUUUACAUUAUAUUAUCAACAAAAGCAGUGAGUUGUAAUAAGAAAUUCAUCAGCAGUGUUGCAGGAGAUGACCACAAAAAAUUUUCCUGUUUCUCUUAUACUCUUCUUCGUCAGUAGAUAACCUUUUUAUGGUUUCUGACAAAGAUUUGGAUAAGUAUGCUCCUGGGUAUUGAAAUACUCAAUUGUACAUAUGGGCAUCUGCAAGAAUUUUUUCUAUGUUUGCUUGCACAUUCCAUGGAUCAAAAUAUUGUGACUCCAGAGUAUGAUGUGUAAUGAAUCACUUUUACAACUUUACCACAGUGAAAAAUGUAGCAACAUGCUGAUGUUUUACAUGACUAUCUUAAGGUACUUGGAUUUACGCCACAAUAAUUUGUACUGCAUACUCUUGAAUUCUAUUAGCUUCAGUUUGGCACAGUAAGUUAUCCUGUCACAUGAUUCAGUAUGAUAUCAUGGAAUGCAAGUAAACUAAAUGCGCCACAUUUUUUUUCUCUUCAGUCACUGAUGUCUGAAAAGGCGAACAUUACAAAGCUUUAUUCAGGAAUUUCAAUGUUUCUAUUCUGUGAUCCACCCAGCUAAAUUUAACACUGACAUUUUCUUUAAUUUUGUUACUUUCUACAUAUGUUGCGUGAAAACUCAUUGCAGAUUCUGAACUUCAUGUAGUCAGGUUUUUUCCUGACAGUGAGCUGACUCAAAUUCAUUUAUUAAUGUCCAUAAAAAAUUCAUUAAUAGCACACUUCAAAGUUACAUUUGAUUUGUCAGUUGUUACAAUGUUUGUAUCAGCAAAUAAAAUAAACUUAACAUCUCAUAAUGUUGUUAUUGCACUGUCAUUAAUAUAAGUGAGGAAUCUUGUGGGGAUUGACGUGUAAUUAGUUGGCAUUCAAAUUGAUGCUUUGUUUCCUGCUGAGGAAAUAUGACUUGAACUACUUCACAGAAUUGCUUGUGGCAUUUAUUAAUUUAGCUAAGUGUAUCAAGAUCCAUGCAAUUAAAUGUAUGUGAUAGAUUUCAUAACAUAUUGGUAGACUGUAAUUUAUUACCUAAUGAAUGAAGUGCAUUCACACUGUGUGUGUAAACAGUGCUCUCUAUAUUGGAACACUUCAGAAGUCCAAGCUAUUACUUUGACAAAAAGUGAUUUAUAGUUGUGAUCAACAAGACUUUUGUAUAUAACUUUCUCUAAAAAUUUUAAGAAUAUUAAUAAUAGUGAAACUUAUCUGGAGGUUGACAGUAUUUCUGAAUUCCCUCUCUUAUACAGUGGUUGAACUUCACAUUAAGUUAGUCAGGAAAACUCAUAAAAAUAAUUUAUAUGUAGGUAACUAAAGAUUUUACUGAAUAUGUAAAAAUACUAUUUAAUUGAUUUUGUUUAGUCAUAACAUUUUUAGUAGUUGAUGUCUCACAGCUUGCAGACAUUUGCCAAAAGUUGUGUCAUACCAAAGUCAGCAGUUUUCAUUUUUACUAAUUAUCAUUAUGCAUAAAAAGUUUUUCAGUUAUAGUAUCUUUGUGUAUACAUCAAUUACCAGACUUCUCAAUGUACAUAAUGCCUUUAUGUAAAGUUCAUGUUGAAGGAGUUAUAUUGUUUCUUUUCUAUGGUUUUAAUAUAAUUUAUAUCUUUUGAAAAAACUAUAACAACAAAAAUAUGGAAUAUAUUGAAAAUAUUAGUAUGAAUUUGAACUGGUUGAAUGUGAAACACCAUAAUGUAAUGUAAUGCUUCACUGGAGGUUCUAUUCCUGCAGAACAAAACAUGAAACAGAUAAAUUU